CUUUAGGCAACUAUAUGAGAGACUCAGCCAAGAGUUUUAUAUCUUUAAUGAGAUAUUUUGAAACAAACUGAGACUGCAAUCAAUUGUCACUCCAUAUAUGAACGUUUCAACGUAUACCAGUGAAAGCUGUUUGCAAUAUUUGUGUGUGUGUUUGAAGUCCCCGCAAGUUUUCCCCACAAUGUAUUUUUUAAGGCUCUUUUUUCAAUUAUUUAAGAGUUAAAUUUGACUAAUUAAUUACACACAAUUUUUUUACAUUCAACAAGUCGAGUCGACGCCAGGCGAAACAGCAUGUCUGCGUUUAUAUGUUCAACUUGUUAUAAAGGCUUUACAAGAAAGGAAUACUUGUAUCGCCAUGAAAAGAACCACCAGAACAUUAGACCGUUUGUAUGCAAGGAAUGUAAUUUGACGUUUACCAGAAGUGACUUGUUUUCAAAACAUUGCAAGUCAAAAUCUCACCGAAGAAGAUGGAUAGAGCAUAUCAAUCCGGCGAAUAGCAGUCCUGAGGAGAAUCCACAAUAUACACAACCUAAAGCGAUAAUACCUUUAAUUGCAGGUCCUUCUGCUACUACUAAUACUCCCCCUCCUAUGCAUGAUCAUCUGAUAAAUUUAUACUGGUUCUUCAACGAUGUUUCUCCAAUGGACAAUAUGUACUGGCUCUUCAGCGAUCUAGCGCUGAAUAAUGAAGAAUUAUUUCGCUCCCCUGCAGGUAUUCCAAAUGAUAUACCGACCUCAAUGUACCAGAAUUUAUACAACGAAGAUACCAAUAGUGCAUUUAAUAACAAUAAGAUAUCAAUGACUGAAGAAACUCGACUGAAAAUUAUUUUAUUGUUUCCAUUGGAUCCUUUACAACAAACUUCAUUGAAAAGAUUCGAAGAAUAUUUGGAUCUUUAUUGGUUUAAUUUCGCCCAAACUUUCCCCAUCAUUCAUCAAGCCACGUUCGAUCCCAACACAAUAAAUAUCUAUUUAUUAGUCAGCAUAAUAGUCAUUGGAAUGGCCCAUUCAUUGGAUAAAAUCGAGUAUGAAACAUCCAUUGCUCUUAACAAGAAAUUUCGAAGAGUUAUUUAUGAUGUGAUUGAAGAACGAACAGAACUUCCUUUGCCAUUAAUUCAGGCCUUACUUUUACAUAACUUUUGUGCUAAAAAUUUUGCUGACUCCCAACUAUGUAAAAUUGCCCAAAUUGACCAUGGGGCUAAUAUCAUGUACAUGAAAUUUAGCGGUUUAUUUGAAAAUUUGACUGAACCAGUAGUGAAUAAAGAUGCUACUGGUGACGCCCUUUCAAACCAGUGGCGUGAAUGGAUACACUAUGAGUCUUGCAAAAGAGCAGUCUUUUUUGAAUUUAUUUGUGAUACUCAACAUGCAAUCUUUAGUAAGUUAGAGCUAUUGACUGCAUUUGACAUCAAGUUAGAAUUGCCUUGUACCGAUGAAGUGUGGAAUUGUACAGAUCCUUUCAAAUUUAUAAACGAAUAUCAAAAACAACCUAAGGGUUUGUUAUCCCAUCCAAGAAUUCCUCAUGAAAGUAAUGGUGCUUCUAAUGGUAAGCCCAUACCAGAAGGUGAGCACAUUGAAUCUCUCCACUCGGACCAAACUGUUCAUGUCAGCACAUGGCCCACGUUUCUUUGGAGCUUGAAAUCAAUGAUGCAUUCUAAACAAGACAUGGAAUAUCUGCUUGAUUGUUAUUCAUUAUUUUCAAGAUAUAUUAUCUUGCAUGGACUCGUAAGAAUAUGUUAUGAUAUGCGAGGUCAAAAUUUGUUCGAUUUAGGAAUUGUUUCUAAUCAAAAGCUUUCGGAAUAUUUCAGUAGAUUAGAGAAGGGAUUUUUAAAGUGGAAGGAUUAUUUUGAUUUACAUGUUAAAUUAUACGAAGAACAAGUUAAAUCUAAGGGAGAGGGUCAAACAAAUUCUAGUAAUUUAAUUUUAACAUUAAAUGACUAUGGUCCAACCAAUGCAUCCUGGGCCAAUGUUAGUUUUUAUUACACGGGUCUAUUUUGUCUUUAUGGAGAUAUUCCUGCGAUUAAAAAGUUUGCGUUGGAAUAUAAAAGUUUUACUUCAGAUAAAGUUCAGGGUCUCAAAGAAAUUGAACAUGAUAGAAAUGAUGUGAUGAUUGAUCAAUGGGCCAAAUCCAUAUAUGGAAGAGUUGCAUUGGUAGAAGCUUGUAUGUUUCUCAGAUUGGUCCAUAAUAAUGAAGAAACUAUAAACACAUUCUCUCAUGUUCCUCUGACAGCUCAUAUGGCAGCACUUAUUAUUUGGUGUCGUGAAAUGAAGAGAGAAAGAGCCUAUACCAGUGAAAAUUGCAAUUAUUUUCUUCCUAAUGGAGAUAUUGACUAUGAAUUAUCCAGACGAGAUGCGGCUGAAUAUAUUUCCAGCAUUUUGAAUAAGGAAAUGAGGAAAGAGGAUAACCAAUCUGAAGGUCAAAUGAGCACUUUAAGUGUUGUGUGCUACGUUUUACAUCUAUUACGUAAUUGUAAAUGGAGUUAUUGUGUUGAAUUGGUUGAACAAAUGGAGCAUGUUGUAAGUACAUAUCCUAUAUAGCUAAUCUAAUGUGCAUACUCAUACUUUUCUAUUUGUGCAACUUUUGCAGCAGAAGAACUUGAAUCAUCAAACACGUAUGAUAGCCAUUCUUGUGCUAAUCUUCUAGCUAGUUCCAACCCAAUCACCCUUUGUCCCAUACAUAAAAUUUGACAAUUAUUAGAUAAUAUACUUCUUUCAACACUAAAUGAGUCAUGUGCAGUUGCUGCUCUUAUUCCCUUAACUUUGUUUGCAGAAAUGGCAACACCUAAUCCAGUUCCACAAAUAAUUAUUCCACGAUCAGCUUCUCGAUUUGCAACUUUUUCAGCUGCCGUAGUUGCAACCAAGGGAUAAGCAGUAGAAUUGCAAUUGGAAUCUACACCGACAUCAACAAUUUCGAUAACAUUAGGGUUGUGUGUUAAGUCCUUCUUAAUCUGUUCUUUAUAUUCGUAACCAGCUUGAUCACAUCCGAUAACAAUUCUGAAUUUUUGGGUAGUCAUUUUAGAGUAUUCAAAAAAAAAAGUUAAGAAAAUCAAAAAUUCAAGCAUGAUUUCAAGAUUGUGGGUAACUAAUAGGGUAAAAUACUUCUAGGAGCUUUACCCCACCGUCUAAUGUAUGUACUAGACCCCCCAUUAUUCUUGCCUGCUGGAUAGUAUCCACCCAA